UUCUUUGCCGAAAAUCUAGUUUGUAGGGCUGCUGUAGCUGUAAAUAGUGUCCUCCUGUCAUUCCAAUCUCAUACCUUGUUUACAGCUGACUGCUCACCAAUCAGAAACUGUAGGACGAUCCCACGUAUCAAAACACUAAUUUAAACGUAUGUUUUGUCUACCAGGAAGUGGCUUGGGAGUUGUUCGUCUUGAUAAGAAUUCUUCAACAACUCUGAAUGUCGGCCUCUGAAAAAAAGUAAUUUUUCUUUCAAAAUGAACAAAUUGGAGCAUACAAAAUUAGUGCCGAGUACAAUUUUUCUUAAGCCAGUUAUUAUUGGUCUGGUUAUUAUUCCAAUUUCACUGGCACUUUGGAUAUUUGGUAACAUACGCUCAAACUAUCUUAGUGCAGAUGAUGUUUCUGAUACUUCUCCUUUAAGAUGGUUCAGCGCAACUUUAGUUCCUGCCAUCAUAUCGUAUAGGGGUCUCCAGAAGCAAAGCCUUAAUUUGAGUGGAGCUAUCCUAGGAUAUUGUGUUGGUUUUAUUCUAACCAUUACCAGCUAUGCCUUUUUAGCCAGCCUGAUGAUGUUUUUCAUUUCUUCUUCAUGGGCAACCAAAUUCAGAAGUGAAAAUAAAAAAUCAUUAGAAGAAGAUUUCAAAAAGGGUGGCCAAAGAAAUUGGAUUCAGGUCGUUUGCAAUGGUGGAGUUGCUGCUUACCUCGGUGUUAUCUAUUUUAUCGAAUCUGGAUCUGGAGAACAUCCGAUUGAUUUUCGCCAUCAUUACCGGCAGUCAUGGCUUUCAAUCGCUAUUCUUAGUACAAUAUCUUGCGCAAACGGGGACACUUGGGCAUCUGAAUUCGGAACAGUGAUGACUGACGCUACACCACGAUUAGUGACAACUUGGAAACCCGUACCUCGUGGGACCAACGGCGGUAUUACCUUAAUAGGUGUUUUAAUGAGUGCUCUUGGUGGGCUUGCAGUUGGUGUAGCCUAUUACAUUGCUCUUCUUUUUCGCUUGGAUGGCGACAUUCUAGAAGUUAACAUCAGCCAAUGGCCCCUUAUCUUUACGGGAUUGUUUGGUGGACUGAUUGGAAGUCUUAUUGACUCCUUUCUUGGAGCUACUUGUCAGUUCUCUGGUAUUGACGAAAAAACUGGAGUCUUAGUAGAACAUCCGCGUCAAGGUGUAAAAAAAAUUUGCGGAUCUCCCUGGCUAGAUAACCAUAGUGUCAACUUACUCUCGUCCUUUCUAGCCGCACUUUUUGUUACUUGGGGAUCCAUAACUUUUUGGCCAAAUUAGUUUGCUAUGUUAAAUAUAAAUUUUGUUCAGUUAAAUGAAUCAAUGUUGCUACCACUUGAUUUUAAUGUUUUGUUUUUUAAUUACACAUACUUUAAUUUA